CCGCCGCUGACCGGGGGAAACUCGCUGCUCGUGCGCUCUCGCGCGCUCUCUCUCUCUCUCUCGGUUGCCACUCCGGUUGGAGUGACGUCACUCCCCGCUCCGGUAUCCGCGCUGUGUCAGUGUGUGUGUGGAGUGUGUACGGGAGUGUGUGGAGUGUGUGUGUGUGUACGGGAGUGAGUACGGGGCUUCUGGAUAGGGCGGCGGGUGUGUGGCCGCGCGCUUCAAUUUGCGCGUUAAUUGCGGCCAAUUAAUUAAUUAAUUAAUUUAGCGAGCGCGCGCGCGUCAGUCAGUCAGUCAGUCAGUCACUGAGUCGCACGCGGUUGGGGAUCACCGCGCUGGGUUCGGUCCGCGGCUCCGUUCGUAGACAAUGCUGAGCGGAUUUCUGAUCGAUUUUUUAUCAAUAUCGACAUUGAUCUUAUUGGAAACUGUACAGCAGAUCAGGAGCUUCAUUAACGUUCCCUUCAACUUCACCCAAAAGGACUGUCUAUCUCUACCUGCUGGAACUGCCGCACCUGGAUGUAGUGGACUAGAUAAUAACACUCUGUGAGCAUCAUGAGCGCGAGCGCAGUUCCGUAUCAGCAGAGUUCCUACGGCACUGAUCGGAGCUCCGGGCCGAUCUGCUGCUUCCGCUGCAGGGAGGUGUGUAAGGGGGAGGUGGUGCGAGUGCAGAGUGUCCACUUCCACGUCAAAUGCUUCACCUGCCAAGUGUGUGGAUGUGACCUGGCUCGCUCCGGAUUCUUCCAGAAGAGUGGGGAAUAUAUCUGUACAGCAGAUUAUCAGAGGCUGUACGGGACGAAGUGUGACAGCUGUGGGGACUUCAUCACGGGCGAGGUGGUCUCAGCGCUGGGACGGGCGUACCACCCCAAGUGCUUCGUCUGCAGUGUGUGCAGAAAGCCGUUUCCGAUUGGAGACAGAGUGACGUUCAGCGGGAAGGAGUGUGUGUGUCAGCAUUGCUCUCACAAGCUCGUCUCGACCAAUGAGCCGAUCAAGAUUCACGGGCCGAGUCACUGUGCAGGCUGUAAGGAGGAGAUCAAGCAGGGCCAGUCUCUCCUGGCGUUGGAGAAACAGUGGCACGUCAGCUGCUUUAAAUGCCAAACCUGCGGCCUGGUUCUCACUGGAGAGUACAUAAGCAAAGAUGGGGUACCGUACUGUGAAUCAGAUUACCACGCCCAGUUUGGAAUAAAGUGUGAGACCUGCAACAGAUACAUCAGUGGACGAGUACUGGAGGCUGGAGGGAAACACUACCACCCGACCUGUGCCCGCUGUGCCCGCUGUCAGAUGAUGUUUACCGAGGGGGAGGAGAUGUACCUGACAGGUUCGGAGGUGUGGCAUCCGGGGUGUAAACAGGCGGCGCGGGCGGAGAGGAAGCUGAGGGUACGCCGCAUGUCCGAAACCUCCAUCUCACCCCCCGGCUCCAGCAUCAGCUCCCCCAGCCGGGUCAUCUGUGCUAAGGUGGAGAACGAGGUGUUAGAGUACAGGGAUCUGGCAGCGCUGCCUAAGGUUAAAGCCAUUUACGAUCUGCAGCGGCCGGAUCUGUUAGCGUACGAGCCGUAUCACAGAUACUACUCCGACGAGCGGCUGGAGCGCCUCAGCUACGGGGAGUCUCUGGGCACGCUCUCUCCAUAUUCUCAGGACAUGUAUGACACUGUGGACCUCAGGCAGCGGCGCUCCUCCAGCCCCGGCUACAUCGACUCCCCCUCCUACAGCAGACAGGGCAUGUCCCCCGUCCUGCCCCGCUCCCCCCAGCACUACUACAGAUACGGUUCUGAGAGUGGCAGGAGCUCUCCUUAUUACCCACAGCUGGAUGCCAGGUCCAGCACGCCCACCACCAACUCGGCUCCCAAGCAUUUCCAUGUGCCAGCAACAGCGGACCCCAACAUCUACCGGAAGCCCCCCAUCUAUAAGAGACACGACAAUCACAACUCAGCCACGAAAAGCAAGACGAGCGAAGACCUGCUCCAGUCCUCCAAGCUGUCGACAGCCUACUCACCAGAGCACUACCAGCACUCCCAGUCUGAGUACUACCAGUACACCAGCUCCCCGAAAUCUUUACGGGUUCCACGGAGAAGAUUUUCGUCAGGAGGGGAGGAGGAUGGUUGGAAUCAUGGCCUUCAAAGAAUUCAGGGUGGGAUCGGCAGGAUGAUCCUGAAGGAGGAGAUGAAAGCCCGCUCCGGUUCCUAUGAUAACGACCCCUGGGGUAGUGCGAGGAAUUCCCGCAGCGGCAGCAAGGAGACUCUGCACAGCAUGAGCUACAACAACACCAUCAACGGCACUCCUCAGGCGCCCUACCCAGCGGAAAACGAUUACAUUUCCAAAUCAGCGUCUUUACCAGGGUAUGGCAGGAACGGAAUACACAGGCAGCAAAAUGCAGAUUACUUUGAGUAUGACAGCAGUAACGCAGUGAACUGGGGAAUCAGAGAAUACACGGUUUACCCCUAUGAGGCUCUGAUCGUGACCACCAGGGGGCGAAACCGCCUGCCGAAGGAUGUGGACAGAGCCAGACUGGAGAGGCAUCUUUCUCCUGAGGAGUUCUACCAGGUGUUUGGGAUGACCAUGGCGGAGUUUGACCGGUUGGCACUGUGGAAGAGGAACGAGAUGAAGAAGCAGGCCAGACUCUUCUAGAGCUGAUCCUACUGUACCUGUGGAGACAGAGCCACGCCCACCUGUCCAAGCUAGCCAAUCACAUACUGCCUCCUCACCACACCCACACACACAAACACAUACAGUACAGGCCAAACUUUUGGACACACCUUCUCUUUUUCAAUGCGUUUUCUGUAUUUUCAUGAUUAUUUACAUUGUAGAUUCUCACUGAAGCCUCAAAACUAUGAAUGAACACAUGUGGAGUUUUAUGUACUUAACAAAAAAAGGUGAAAUAACUAAAAAAAACAUGUUUUAUAUUCUAGUUUCUUCAAUAUUACCACCCUUUGCUUUGAUUACUGCUUUGCACACUCUUUGCAUCAUUCUCUUAAUGAGCUUCUUUAAGAGGUGGCCACCUGAAAUCAAACGUUUUCCAACAGUCUUGAAGGAAGGAAGGAGUUCCCAGAGGUGUUUAUUAGCACUUGUUGCUCCUUUGUCUUCUUCACUCUUUGCUCCAGCUCACCCCAAACCAUCUGGAUUGGGUUCAGGUCCGGUGACUGUGGAGGUUCAGCUCAUUUUUUGUUAAAAACAUAAAACUCCACAUGUGCUCAUUCAUAGUUUUGAUGCUUCAGUGAGAAUCUACAAUGUAAAUAGUCAUGAAAAUAAAGAAAAGGUGUGUCCAAACUUUUGGCCUGUACUGUACAAAUACACACACACACACACACUCAUCUCCCAAAAGGACAGCAGAAGCACUGUGCCACCGGACAUGUGACGGGCACACACUUAGUAUUAAAUGGACCAGGAUCUGUGAGAGGAACCAGAACCAGAGAACCAGAACUCAGAAUAAAAAAAAACGAGGAGGACCUGAGGUCAUAUUUUUUUUUUUUUUUUUUUUUUUCCUCUUUUUUAAUGUUACAUUUUCAUUUUUCCGUUUCUGAAUGGAGUCUAUAAGGAGUCAGAUGUAAAGAUUUGGGGAUUUUGCCUUAUAUAUUCUGUAUUUUGGGUUAACUUGCACCAGCAGAGUGAAUAGAAUAUAGACACUAUAUUGAUCACAGAUGUCCCUCAUUGUUUAUCUCUUGUGUAAACACACUAAUAGUGCAUUUUAUUUAGUGUUGUUUCUUGUUAAGAUAUGGCAAGUCGUUUUAGCCUGCCGUCGCUGUCCAAUAAAAAAAAGCGACUCAGUUCUGAUACAUCAGCUCACAGAAGCAGCCUUGUGCUGAUCCACAUCACCCUAGGAGUGAUGUGGGGAAAGAGCACCAUCUACUGUACCCACCCAGAGAGAGCAAGACCAAUUAUGCUCUCUCAGGGCUUUGGUAGCUGAUGGCAAGCUGCAUAAACAGGAUUCGAACCAGCAAACUACUAAUCAUAGUGGCAGGGCUUUAGACCGCUGGACCACUCGGAGCCCGAAGUCAAUGUAAGAUUAUUAUUUAAUUAUUUAAAAUUAUUUAAUACCUUAAACGUAAAAUCGACAAAAAUGAAGAUACUUGUUUUUUAUUGGACAGCGACGUUAUAUUGACACCAGUGGUACAAGACAUAAAAAAACUCUAAUUCAAGAUCUUUAUAAGGAAAGGAUGGGCAAUAUGGUUUAAGUAUUGUAUUGUAUGUACAAAAUUUAAAUACAUUUUUUUAGGAUACUCAGUUUAUCACAAUAUUUUGAUGUGUAGACAAAAUGUACAACUCUGGAAAAAUUAAGACACCACUUCAGUUUCUGAAUCAGUUUCUCUGAUUUUGCUAUUUAUAGGUUUAUGUUUGAGUAAAAUGAACAUUGUUGUUUUAUUCUAUAAACUACAGACAACAUUUCUCCCAAAUUCCAAAUAAAAUAUUGUCAUUUAGAGCAUUUAUUUACAGAAAAUGAGAAAUGGCUGACAUAUCAAUAAAUAUGCAGAGCUUUCAGACCUCAAAUAAUGUAAAGAAAACAUGUUUUCUUAAAAUUCAUAACAUUUUCAGUUCAGAAAUCAAUAUUUGGUGGAAUAAUCCUGGUUUUUAAUCACAGUUUUUUUUCAUGCAUCUUGCCAUCAUGUUCUCCUCCACCAGUCUUACACACUGCUUUUGGAUAACUUUAUGCUGCUUUACUCCUGGUGCAAAAAUUCAAGCAGUUCAGUUUGGUGGUUUGAUGGCUUGUGAUCAUCCAUCUUCCUCUUGAUUAUAUUCCAGAGGUUUUCAAUUUGGUAAAAUCAAAGAAACUCUUCAUUUUUAAGUGAACUCUUUAAGUUUCAUCCAAUUAAACAUAAUUUUUAUCACUGAGUUUUUUUAAGCAUUGAUGGCAGUACGCUAAGAAAAUUUCUAAAUUACUAUAUGCAAAAAUAUUGAUAGUUUCUACUAGUAAAACGUGUUAAAGAUGAUAAUACAGAGAUUUAGAAACUAUGAUAUGGCUUCUAUUGUUGGCUAUUACUGGUGUCAUUUUGAGCUAAACGUAUUUCUUUCAUAUCGUGGACCAUUUUGCAGCUUAUAUUGCGACAUGCAGCAGAAGGAAAGUGAAAUAUUGUAGGUUAGACUGAUGGAAAAGUGCAAGCUUUUGCGAGACUCAGAAACCAAAGUUUGACAGUGGUGUGUGAUGAAAUGAAAAAUGAAGGAAAAUUUAAGAAAAGGGAAGCAAGUUAAUGAGCAGCACUCUGAAGUGCUAAUGUUGGUACUACGGACUCAGCGAGUACUGAAUGUACUUUUCUUGUUUUUUCGUUUUUUUGUUUCUUCAGAAAAACAGAUUAUUAUUAAAGGAUUAUUAGAGAUGUGCUGAACCAUCCGUAGGGUUUAGAGAUGAUGGUAGCGGUAGGUAGGCAUCAGUGGCUAGUUUAACAUUAUUUCUUGCAAUCUUCAAGAAAAAUAUAAAAGUUUAUAAAAUAUGAGAAGUUCUAUAAGAGGGUCAUGUGGUGCGAUUGCUCACACUAGUAUAACUAUGCUCUAUAAUACCAUUCUAUACGUCUGAGGUCUCUUCUUUUAUUUUUUUUUUUAUUUUUUUUUUCAGCAGCCUCUGUUUUAUGGCUUCAUUGCUUUAGGUUUAAGCACUCGUAUGAUGUUUUACAUUAUUUGCUCUUAAUUGCCAUUAAGAAAAUUAAUUGUGAUUAUUAUGGAUUGUUUGGACAAUCAGAAAGGCGUCCUUUACGAUGUGUAAUUUUUUUCUAGAGUGUGCAUCUGACUAUUGCAACAAAUAACAGAACUGACCACUAUUGCACUUAAUUAGGACCUAAUAGUGAUGUCCGUCAUGCCAAGGGAUAAUUCAUGAUGUGCUUUGUGUGUAAAUUACCUUAGUUUUGGACCUCGCAAACAAACAGAAAAACAAAUAAUCAAAGGAACAGGUGAGACGUCUCUUUGUGUUGCGCCUCGGCGUGUAGUGUUUACCACCUGUUCGCCGUUAGAAUGUUAUGGAGUGUUCGACCAACUUCAUAGUCAGGUAGGAGGUUUAAACUUAGAACUUAUUUUUUUGACUCUCCCUUUUUUUAAAAACAGUACAGCUACCUAUCUAGCUAACUUUAUUUAUCUGUCAGUACAGUUUCAGCAAAACGAUGUACAUCUUAUAUUUAAAUAAAAAGGUUGUUUCUUGUGUA